UCUUCCCUCUGCUGCCUGUCACGUUUGUCAGAUGUCACUGACACGGCGAGUGGCACCACUUGCUCAGACGACCGGCCUGCUCCUGCUCCGCAGGUCCAUGCUCCUGGCGAGGGUCGUGACCUAUUGACCUGUGGCCAGUGCAGCCGGGCCUUCCCUCUCGCCCACAUCCUGGCGUUCAUCCAGCACAAACAGGGGGGCUGCCGCCCCCGAAACCAAGCCCCGAACGCCAAUGCCACGCCUCCCUCACCUGCCAACCGGGCGCAGCAGCACAUCGCCAACGCCGAGCUUGGGCUGGCCUUCAUCGAGCUGAGGAGAGGGGGCAGAUCCUGGGGGGAGGAGCCCGGCGUGAAGGUGAAGGUGAAGGCGGAGCAUGGAAAAGCAGUGAAUGAGGAGCCCUCCUACUUCACCUGCCAGCAGUGUGAAGGCGUGUUUCCAUCUGCAUGGGCGCUCGUACAGCACGCUCAGCACACACACUCCUUCAGCAUCUACCAAGAGGAUGAGGAGGAAGACACAGACAUGAGAGGAGGAGGAGGAGGAGGAGGAGGAGGAGGAGGAGGAGGAGGAAGAAGAAGAGGAGGACGUAAAGGGCACAAGCCUGCUACAGCCACUCUGGACCCUCGCCACCUGAGCCAAGCCCUUGCCUCUGCCUUUCAGCCCUCCGCCCUGCGCCCCGGUCGCUCCCGUCAGACACACACCACCUCCACCUCCUCCUCCAGUAACCUGCAGGCUCUGAACUUUUCAGUGCGGCUCAGGGAGCUCGCCGAGGGGAAUAACAACAACACCGGCAGCUCCCCCGGAGGCCUGAUGCUGUCUCCGUCCUCUUCUCCACUAGCAGUUUCUCCCUUUCCUCACACCAGCGCCCUCCAGUCUGACUUCCACUGCGAGCUGUGUGACCAGAACUUCCAGUCCCUGCACGCCCUGUCCACCCACCGCCGGACUCACCCCUGCAACAGGCCCUAUCACUGCGGAGUGUGCGGGCAGGCCUUCGCCCAGAGCGGCCAGCUGGCCCGGCACAUAAGGAGCAAUCACAGGGUGGCUGGUGGUGGAGGAAUUGGGUAUGAGUCGGUAGAUAUGGUCGUGAUGGAGGAGGAUGUAGGGAGGCACGGGAUGAGAGGCAGGUUUCAAAUGCAGCCAGCUGGAAUCAUCAUGGGAAAGGGAACUGUUGGUGCAGAAGUAAGAGCCCAGGGUCCCUCCGAGUUAGACCUGACCCUGCCCAAACACCCGUCCAUAGCUUCAGGCCUGAUGCUGCUGACCUCUCAGGUUAGACCGCCAGACAGGGAGCUGCUGAGGCUGUACCAGCGCCAGAGAGAGGCGGGAGAGGGAGGGGAAGAGGAUGCAGAGGGGCAGGGGGAGCCUCAGCACACCUCACCGUGCGCCAGCCCCUCUGAAGGCUCACUGGAGAGUGGAGAGACGGGGGGCAGUGGCGAGAGCGGCAUCGCUAGUGGCAACUGCACGCCCAAACGGCCAGAGAUGAGCGAGAGAGUGCGAGGAGUCGUAGAGUGGGAGCACGAAACAGGGGAGAUCAUAGAGAGCGAGACAGACUGGAGCUCAGACAAAGUCAGCGAGGUUGUGCAGGAGUGGCAGAGGGAGAAUGAGCGGAGGAGUGUAGGAGGAGGUGUCAGCGGCGGAGGAGACAACAACAACAACAUUACUACUGCUGGUUCAGCUGGUAAGAAGAAGAAAGAUGAAGCUUGUGAGUACUGUGGUAAACAGUUCAGAAAUAGCAGCAACCUGACUGUGCACCGCCGCAGCCACACAGGUGAACGGCCGUACCGCUGCGGCCUCUGCAACUACGCCUGUGCUCAGAGCUCAAAACUAACGCGCCACAUGAAGACCCACGGCGCGCAGGGAGCCAAGGCGUCCUUUUUGUGCCAGCUGUGCUCGGUACCCUUCACCGUUUACGCAACUCUGGAAAAACACCUGAAGAAAGUCCACGGCCUGAGCCACGCCAGCGUGGGAGCGUAUGCGCAGGCCAGCGCUGCAGACACUUUGGCUGCCAUAAAAGCUGAAGAAGAAGGAGUGGUGGUGAAAAUGGAGGAGGUUGAAGCCAGUCUGGAUCAGAUAGAAAUGGAGAGAAAACUUCAGAGUGAUGUGGUGAAAAGCAUGGAGGUGGAAGAGGAGCAAGUCCAUGCAGAGUGUGUGGAGAACGGCCCAGCCAUAGUGGCUGAUCUCCCGCCCGAGAGCAACGCGGAGGUUAGCUUAGCUUUGACUUCUGCGCCAUGAAAGCUGUUCUCAUUCCCUUAUUGACAUUAAAAUAGCACUGUAUAGGAUUUAAGUCGCCCAUUCGAAUAAAAAGAAUUAGUCCCAUCAUUGAACGGACAGUCAAGUAAAACUGGAAUCUAGUUUAAAGAAGCAGCAGCAGCAGUCCCGUCAUCUCUACCAGCGCCGAGGCACGGCCUCGUUGUUCAUGACUGUAUGCAAAGCUGCUGGUUGAAACUUAAGUGCCUACAGUUCUUUAGACCACAGAGCGAAAACAAGGCCAUGACAUUCAGCAGGGAGAUUACCAGAACUCUUGAACAGGAAGUGAACCGCCACAGUCCACACAGGAAACUGAUCACCACGUUGCAGUGCAGGAUGCAAAAGAUGAGUGAUUUAUCUCUCUGGCGACUGGACAGGUGGAGACAGAUAUUAACUGUCAGAUAAUAUAGUAAAGGGAUUCUAUUGAUUACAAAAAGCCUGGCAAUAGAACGAUGUUAAUAUAUCUUCAGCAUCAGCAGGUGGAGAAAGGUCAUAUUGUGUUUUCUAGCUGUUGCUGCUUUUCUUUUGAGAAGACCUUUUAAAGACUAGAAAUGUUUGAACAGGCACGAGGGUGAAAUGAAUCCAAACACUGUCCGCCUGCAGUUUCUCAGACUCCAAUCUUUAGAGGCGCUUGGUUGUCACAACACUUGUCACUUAUGUAAUGUUUACAGGGCUCCAGGAGCCUGGCAAGGUUGUGCUCCUGACUUUGUGACAGUAUGUAUGGAUCAUCUUCUGUUUUCUAAUUUUAUAAAUGUGAAUACGGAGACUUUAAAGUCUCAUCUACUGAUGGUUUUUUUUCAUGAUUCGUUUCUAUGCAUAAAAAAAAAAACUGCAAUUUUACCUACAUGUGAAACGGGUGUGUAUUAUGUUCUCUAUUUGUACCUAUUAUUGUGCUGGUAAUUUCUCACUUUCAUUGUUUACAUUUGUAAAGUGCCGGACUGCUUGAAGCUCGUGCAUGUUUUGCAGCCAUUUAAAACUUCUUUUUUUUUUUUUAGUUGCCCGUGUUUGAGUUGUUCCUAAUUUAUGGAUGCUGCAUGUUGGGAAUUGUGUAACUGCUGAGCUACAGGGUUGAGAGGUGCUGGAGUAGCUCGUUGAUUGGUGGAGUUUUGCAGGAAGCACUUGGGUGAGUUUGGGUGAAUGUCUUUGUUUGUUUGUGUUUACAUAUCGGGGGGGCGAAAUGCUCAGGUGACACUUCUACUUGAACCCUCUGUCCUGUGAUCUCGUGUCCAGAGCAUGACGCCGCAGGUCACAAUCACCGUGUCAUGCUUAUGGCAGGUGUGUCACUGACAAGGAUUUAAGAAAGAGGAACCUACGCAUUUUUAAAAAACAACAAAAAAAAACAGGUCAAAGUUGUCCAGUAGAGUGCAGCCGACGUUUUUGUGACUACUGUGAUGACUUUGUGUGAUCAUAUCUGAUCUACUUGCAUUCAUGUCAGGGAAAUUCUUGUGUGUGUUGUGUAAUGAAUGAUCGUGAACGAGUGCAGAGUGCAACUGUUCAGGGAUAAUAUUUUGUACAUAGAUUGACAUUCUUGCUGUUGCUAUGCUUAUUAUUGUUAUUAUUAUUAAUAUUAACUGCCUCCACUUUCCCUGGCAUCGUCUCCGUUCUGCUGAACCCCGGCUAUUGUGAAGCUCUGCUGUCUUUGUAAACUUGACACCAUUUUGUAAUUCACCUUCUCAAGAGGAGCCUCAAUAAAGAAUUGAGGUGAAA